CUUUAUUUUGGAUCGAUCCAAAAAGGAAAGUGUGAACUUUAUUUAGGAUCGACAUGAUUUAUUUGUCGAGAUUCCUACUUUUCAGCCCACUUGCUGGAUACUAGACUCCCAGCCCAUUUGUCAUUUUCAAAGUACAAAACCAUAAUUGGGCGUGUUAGGGUUUUUCCGAAUGCAGCCCUAAAUCACUUGCAGACUCACCGCGAUCGUAGCCGCGCCGGGGAACUGUCAGAAACCAGAACUUUUCGCCGUCAGCCAUGGGUAUCUCUCGGGAUUCGAUGCAUAAAAGGAGAGCUACUGGAGGUAAGAAGAAGGCCUGGAGGAAGAAGCGAAAGUAUGAGCUCGGAAGACAACCUGCAAACACAAAGCUGGUACCAAAUGCUAAAACAGUUCGAAGGGUCAGGGUUCGAGGGGGCAAUUUGAAGUGGCGUGCCUUGAGAUUGGAUACUGGGAACUAUUCUUGGGGAAGUGAGGCUCUCACCAGGAAGACUAGGAUUUUGGAUGUGGUUUAUAAUGCAUCAAACAAUGAGUUGGUCAGGACCCAGACAUUGGUUAAGGGUGCUAUUGUUCAAGUGGAUGCUGCACCAUUUAAGCAGUGGUAUCUCCAGCACUAUGGAGUUGAAGUUGGUCGCAAGAAAAAGACUGCUUCUGCCAAAAAAGAAGGAGAGGAUACCACUGAGGCUGCUGCUCCUGAGGAGAAGAAAAGCAAUCAUGUUGCUAGGAAAUUGGAAGAGCGCCAAAAGGAUCAUAAAAUUGACCCACAUAUUGAGGAACAAUUUGCAGGAGGCCGCUUGUUAGCUGCAAUUGCUUCAAGGCCUGGCCAGUGUGGUCGUGCUGAUGGUUACAUUUUGGAGGGCAAGGAACUGGAGUUUUACAUGAAGAAACUUCAGAAGAAGAAAGGAAAGGCUGCUGGUGGUGCAGCUUAGAUUCAAGGAAAUGCAGAAGUAAAAACAAUUUUAUUAUUGUUCCUUUUUACUUAUAUAUUGCAAUUUGUGUCAGGCACAAAUUAUCAGUUUAGAAUUGUUUUCUAAACAUUAUGUUGAGAGUUGUUGACCUGUCCUAUAAUGUUGUCCCAGAUUUUGAAAGGCAAACGUUAAUUUUGUAGUCAUGCUUUUCAUUAAAUUUUGUGAUCGCUUUUGUUUUAUCUAUUUGCCCUACUCUUUUAGUAUUCUCCUUUUCUCGUUGGUGUGAAGUUACUAAAAAAAGUUAUCAUUUUUCC